UAUCGUCUCGUUCGUCAGAGGACGUUGAGGACUCGGGCGCGAGGUAGUAGUCAGCAGUUGCCAGCUGCGCGUGCUCGUGCGCUUCGUACAGUUGCUCGUAGGUGGAGCGUAAGCGCCGUGAGCUUGGGGUUCGUUGGGGACGGGUUAGGGAUAAGACGGGGUGGAGGUCAGGGUGGUAAUAAUACGACUGAGACUUGAACGUGACGUUUAAAAUCCAUCCCUUGAGUCACGGCACUGGUGUCUCUUCAUCACAUCAUUUUCCUCUUAAUAUAGUGAGCUUGUCUACUGACCCACAUCUAUUCGAAAGUAAACCUCGUGUUUGUAUCACCGAGAAUUGACUGCUCCAAUACAAUACGUGUUCUUUACAGUAUCAAAUUGUUUGUGAUUGAGUUGGCGUUUUUCAACUGUAUCUAGCGGUCGUUAAUUGCUUUACGUGCCGCUCAUCACCAGCAUAAUGGCAGCAGGGAAUUUACCAUUUUCUAUUCGGGUUCUUUUGGAAUCUGCUGUGAGAAAUUGUGACAACUUCCAAGUGAAACAAGAAGAUGUAAAUAGUAUAUUGAACUGGGAGAAAAAUCAAGCAGUACCAGAAGGUGUUGAAGUGGCUUUUAAACCUGCUAGAGUAAUACUGCAAGAUUUUACUGGUGUACCUGCAGUUGUUGAUUUUGCUGCUAUGAGAGAUGCUGUGAAAGCAUUGGGAGGAAAUCCAGAUAAAAUCAAUCCCAUAUGUCCAUCAGAUCUUGUUAUUGAUCAUUCGGUGCAGGUGGAUUUCACACGAACGUCAGAUGCACUACAAAAGAAUCAAGACUUGGAAUUUGAGAGAAAUUGUGAAAGAUUUAUGUUUUUGAAAUGGGGAGCAAAGGCCUUCCGAAACAUGCUGAUUGUGCCUCCAGGAUCUGGAAUAGUUCACCAAGUCAAUCUGGAGUAUUUAGCAAGAGUAGUUUUCAGUGAUACUGGUGUUUUAUAUCCAGACUCAGUUGUUGGCACAGAUUCCCAUACCACUAUGAUCAAUGGUCUCGGUAUCCUCGGCUGGGGUGUAGGAGGUAUUGAAGCAGAAGCAGUGAUGCUGGGCCAGUCUAUUUCCAUGCUGUUGCCUCAAGUAAUAGGCUACAAAAUUACUGGAAAAUUAAGUCAAUAUGCUACCUCCACAGACCUUGUGCUUACAGUAACUAAACAUUUACGUCUUCUGGGUGUUGUGGGCAAAUUUGUUGAAUUCUUUGGACCUGGAGUGUCAGAAUUAUCCAUUGCUGAUCGAGCAACCAUCAGCAAUAUGUGCCCAGAAUAUGGUGCUACCGUUGGCUUUUUUCCUGUGGAUGCUACCAGCUUGGCAUAUCUCAAGCAAACAAAUCGAGACGAAAAUAAAAUCAAAAUAAUUGAAGCAUACUUGAAGCAUACCAAUAUGCUCCGUGACUUCAAUAAUCCUGAGCAAGAUCCCGUUUUUUCACAGGUUGUCACCUUGGAUUUAGCCACUGUAGUGUCUUCUGUAAGUGGACCAAAGAGGCCACAUGACCGCGUUGCUGUAGCUGAUAUGCCUGGGGAUUUCCGCCAGUGCCUUACCAACAAGGUUGGCUUCAAAGGAUUUGGCCUUCCUGAAGAUAAACUGGCUGCAGCAUCUCCAUUCAUUUUUGAGGGUCGGGAAUACGUGCUGAAACAUGGUUCAGUGGUAAUUGCUGCCAUCACAUCAUGUACAAAUACUAGCAAUCCUAGUGUGAUGUUGGGUGCAGGUAUUCUGGCUAAAAAGGCUGUUGAGGCAGGACUCACUGUGGCGCCUUAUAUAAAAACAAGCUUAUCGCCUGGUUCAGGUGUUGUCACAUAUUAUUUGGAAGAAAGUGGUGUAAUUCCUUAUUUGAAAACAUUAGGUUUUGAAGUAGUUGGAUAUGGCUGCAUGACUUGUAUAGGAAAUAGUGGACCCCUCCCAGAGACAAUUGUAGAAGCUAUAGAAAAGAAUGACCUGGUGUGCUGUGGGGUUCUUUCUGGAAACAGAAAUUUUGAAGGUCGCAUCCACCCCCACACCCGUGCUAACUAUCUGGCAUCUCCAUUACUAGUAAUUGCAUAUGCCAUUGCUGGCAGAAUUGACAUUGAUUUCGAAACAGAACCUUUGGGUUGUAAUUCUGAAGGAAAACCUGUUUUCUUGAGGGAUAUAUGGCCACUCCGUAAGGAGAUUCAGGCCGUGGAACAACAGUACGAUCUCCCACCUAUUAAACCAAUUGAAAAUGCACAUGUAAUUUUGAAUUUGGGAGACUCUGUGACAACUGAUCAUAUCUCCCCAGCAGGAAGUAUUGCUCGAAAUAGUCCUGCUGCAAGAUAUCUUUCUGCUCGUGGGUUAACCCCUCGUCAGUUCAAUUCUUAUGGUUCACGACGUGGUAAUGAUGCUGUUAUGGCACGGGGUACUUUUGCAAAUAUUCGUCUUGUAAAUAAAUUUUUGAGUUCUCCUGGACCUAGAACUGUGCAUGUUCCUUCUGGUGAUACAAUGGAUGUUUUUGAUGCAGCCGAAAGGUACAAGCAGGAAGGUAUCCCUCUUAUUGCUCUUGUAGGAAAGGAUUAUGGAUCUGGAUCAUCCAGAGAUUGGGCUGCAAAAGGACCUUACCUUUUGGGCAUUAAAGCAGUAAUAGCAGAAUCAUACGAACGCAUUCAUCGAUCCAACCUGGUUGGCAUGGGUAUCAUCCCAUUGCAGUAUUUGCCUGGAGAAACUGCAGAAAGUCUUAAUUUGACAGGCAAGGAGAAAUUCACAAUUAACAUUCCAGAGAAUUGUCGCCCACUGCAGCAACUGACAGUGACGGUUGAUGGUGGACGCAGUUUCCAAGUUAUUUUAAGGUUUGACACAGAAGUUGAUGUUACCUACUUCCGAAAUGGAGGAAUUCUAAAUUACAUGAUUCAGUUAUACAUUAUACCUUCAUUCAUGGCUAAAAUUGUUGAAAAUGAAAAAAAUUUGCAGAGUAUUUUGAAUGAAAAUUGUGUACUGGAUUUUGACCUUAAAGUAUCAAAGAUAUUACAAAAUGGGUUGUAUUAA